UUUCUCCCAACUCUCCCUCUCUCUGUCAUUGCAUCCAUUUUUGUGCAUUUAAGAUCUCUCCAAGAAUUACCAACCUGGAAGAAGGCGAGCUAAACAGAGUCACAGAGAAGGGUUAAGGGCUCCAAACGAAAACAAACAAGAACGGACCGGGCAUCUUUUUUCUUUUUUUUUUUCUUUUUUUUUUCUUUCUUUUUUCUUUUCCAGCAUGCGAGUAAACCCCUCUAAAGGAUGGCAACGAUGGGUUAGACAGGAUUUAACAUGACUGCUAUAUAAAAGCCACUGUGUGUGAAAGAUGUCUGCACCACACGGGCCCCGGGGCGGCCAUGGCCCUGCUGCUGCUGCUGCUGCUGCUCCCUCAGCAGCCGGCGCCAUGCCGGAGAUGCCGGACCUCAGCCACCUCACCGAGGAGGAGAGGAAGAUCAUCCUCGGUGUCAUGGACCGACAAAAGAAGGAGGAAGCAAAGGAACAGUCGAUGUUAAAGAUCAAAGAAGAACCAAAGCCUCAGCCAGCACAGUGGUUUCCCUUUAGUGGGAUUACUGAGCUGGUAAAUAACGUUCUUCAGCCCCAGCAAAAGUCCCAAAAUGACAAGGAGCCAGAGCCAGACACGAAGUUACACCAGCAGUUUGAAUCGUAUAAGGACCAGGUUAAGAAGAUGGGGGAGGAGACUAAGCCGGCCCAGGAACAGAAGGGAGAAGCCCCAACCUGUGGGAUAUGCCACAAAACCAAGUUUGCCGAUGGCUGCGGUCACCUCUGUUCAUAUUGCCAAACGAAAUUCUGUGCUAGGUGUGGAGGACGAGUGUCUCUGCGGUCAAAUAAGGAGGACAAAGUGGUAAUGUGGGUAUGCAACUUGUGCCGAAAACAACAAGAAAUCCUCACCAAAUCGGGGGAGUGGUUCUACAGCUCAGGGCCUGGUCAAGUGUUUGAGGGUGGGCCGCAAGGAAAAAAGGCCAAACUGCAAGACCCAUCCCUAUACCCCUACCAGGGAGCCUCAGGAGACUUGACAACAACAUCAGACAGAAGCAGACCUCACGGCGGCCUCCUACCUAGACAGGCAUCACUUGACAAUGGUACAGGACUAAGGUACUCGGGACCUGGUGACACACCCAUAGACAGCAAACAAAGCCCAUCUGCAUCCAGGGAUCCAAACCAAAAAUACGACCAAAGGGAGGGGGGUGACCACCCACAGUAUGCCCCGACAGACGGCGGCAUGCCCAGAUCACCGUCUGACUAUGGAGAUAGGGACCCUCGGCGGGCUCCACGGGGCCCACACAUGUAUCCAGAUGUAGAUGCAGCACGGAUGGGCUACAGGGACCGGCGGGGGCCGGGUCGCUGGCACUCCCAGGAAUACCCACUUGAUCAAGAGCUUGAUGGACCACCCAGUGAGUAUGACAUCCAGCGACAACGCCAAGAGGAGUUCCAGGCACGAUACCGCAGUGACCCCAACCUGGCACGCUAUCCUGUUAAGCCUCAGCCUUACGAGGAGCAAAUGAGGAUGCAUGCUGAAGUGGGCCGGUUCAGGCAUGAGCGUCGCCACAGUGAUGUCUCCUUGGCCUACACAGAGCAGGAUGACCCUGGCCCCAUUCGACUGUCCCGUCAGCAUCUCACUGAGCGCCGGCCGCCUAUGAUGGGACAGCGCUCAUAUUCUGUUGAUCGUUCCUCCCCAGGACCAAUGGGUCAUGGCCUUGGAAGUCACAGAACCUCCAACCACAGCCCCCCUACGCCACGCCGUAGCCCUGUGCUUGGGGACCAGUCGGGGGAUCUGCGACGAGGAGACCUUGGAGAUCCCAUGAGGAGGCAGCAACACCAUUUGGACCCCAACUCAGCUGUUCGGAAGACCAAGAGGGAGAAAAUGGAGAGUAUGUUAAGGAAUGACUCUCUUAGCUCUGACCAGUCAGAGUCAGUGCGGCCCCCACCCCCCAAACCCCACAAAACCAAAAAGGGAGGGAAGAUGAGGCAGGUGUCACUGAGCAGCUCAGAGGAAGAGCUGGCCACCACACCGGAGUACACAAGCUGCGAGGAUGUGGAGAUAGAGAGUGAGUCAGUCAGUGAAAAAGGGGAGAGUCAAAGGGGAAAAAGAAAAACUAUUGAGCAGGCAUUUAUGUCCGAGCCGACACACACCUUAUCUGAGAGGCAAAAGAAAAUGGUGCGCUUUGGGGGACACUCAUUUGAAGAGGACUUGGCAUGGUGUGAACCGCAGGUUAAAGACUCGGGAGUUGAUACGUGCAGUAGCACUACCCUAAACGAGGAGCAUAGCCAUAGUGAGAAGCACCCAGUGACAUGGCAGCCAUCCAAAGAUGGGGAUCGCCUAAUAGGCCGCAUAUUACUCAACAAGCGCAUGAAGGAUGGAAGUGUGCCUCGAGACUCAGGAGCUCUACUUGGUUUGAAGGUGGUAGGAGGCAAGAUGACAGAAUCUGGCAGACUUUGUGCUUUCAUCACUAAAGUGAGGAAAGGAAGUCUAGCAGACACUGUUGGGCACCUCAGACCAGGUGACCAGGUGCUGGAGUGGAAUGGGAAGCUUUUACAAGGAGCCACAUUUAAAGAAGUUUACAACAUUAUACUAGAUUCCAAGCCUGAACCACAGGUGGAGCUGGUGGUCUCACGGCCUAUAGGAGAUAUUCCAAGGAUACCCGACAGCACACAUGCACAACUGGAAUCAAGUUCGAGUUCCUUUGAGUCUCAGAAGAUGGAUCGUCCGUCAAUCUCUGUCACGUCCCCUAUGAGUCCUAGCAUGCUGAGGGACGCCCCCCAGUACCUGUCAGGACAGCUCUCAAGCCAAAGCCUUAGUAGAAGAACAACGCCUUGUGCCCCCAGGGUCCAGGUCAAACUCUGGUAUGACAAAGUGGGCCAUCAGCUAAUUGUCACCAUUCUGGGUGCCAAAGACUUGCCACCCAGAGAAGAUGGUCGUCCCAGAAACCCCUACGUCAAAAUCUACUUCCUCCCUGAUAGAAGCGACAAAAGCAAGAGGAGAACAAAAACAGUAAAGAAAUCCUUAGAGCCCAAAUGGAAUCAGACCUUUAUGUAUUCACCCGUGCACCGGCGGGAGUUUCGAGAGCGCAUGCUGGAGAUCACACUGUGGGACCAAGCCAGGGUCAGGGAAGAGGAGAGCGAAUUCCUGGGAGAGAUCCUUAUCGAGCUAGAGACAGCUCUUCUGGAUGAUGAGCCUCACUGGUACAAGCUACAAACACACGAUGUGUCCUCCAUCCCACUUCCACGUGCCUCCCCAAAUGCACAGCGCAGGCACCUCCAUGGAGAAAGUCCAACGCGGCGGCUGCAGAGAUCCCAGAGGAUAAGUGACAGCGAGAUAUCAGACUAUGACUGUGAAGAUGGUGUCGGGGUUAUAACAGACUAUCGUCCAAAUGGAAGAGACUUCCAGAGCUCCACGUUGUCUGUCCCUGAACAGGUUAUGUCCUCUAACCACUGCUCUCGGUCAGCUGAUAUAAACCGAGCACGAUCGCGCUCUCCCAGCGUUCCACCACCCUCCAGCCGCAACCAUCGUGUGUACCCAAUCUGCAGAGAGGAAGCAGUCAGGUUACUGCGUUCCACUAGGAUGACCCGUGCCCAUUCAGAGGGUGCCUACUCCUCCGACUAUGACUAUGAGAGGAACCACGGAGCCAUGGAUAGACACGAGUAUCACAGCAGGUCCCGCUCUGCAGACCAGCGGCCCACUAUAGAGCGCCUUUCAUCCCGCUCACGCUCUACUGAACGCCCCCACGACUCUUCGCUCAUGAGGUCGAUGCCAUCUCUGCCAUCUGGGAGGUCUGCACCCCCCUCACCUGCCAUGACGAGGGCACAUCCUCGAAGUGGAUCAGUCCAGACCAGUCCCACUAGUACACCUAUGUCCAGCAGACGAGGGCGACAACUCCCACAGCUUCCACCCACAGGAAAGGACAGAAAAGAUGGAGACGAAGGAACAGAGCCUUGUGAAGGUAUGGACAUGGAGGAGAGGACCAGACAGAUGAAAUUAAAGAUGAACAAGUACAAGCAGGGAGCCAGCUCUGACUCCAGACUGGAGCAGGACUACCACAAGCGAUCAGGCAGAGAUCCCCGGGGCUCUGACAACUUGUCAGCCAAGUCAUCGGACAGUGAUGUAAGCGACGUGUCCGCUGUAUCGAGAACCAGUAGUGCCUCUCGGUUCAGCAGCACGAGCUACAUGUCUGUCCAAUCAGAACGGCCGCAAGGAAACCGCAAGAUCCGCCAAUUGCAAACAAGAAACCAGUCUCGGGAGAGAGAUGAGCAGUUAGGAGAGGUGCAGGAGAGGGAGGAGGUGGGAGAGAGGGGGAGAAGGGCGAGUAAAGAGGAGAGAUUGCAGGGAGAAAGCAAGGAAUCAGGGGGAAAGACAGACAGAGACCAAGAGCAUCAGGAAGAUUUGAUGGAGAAAGAAGAGGACUUGCACCAAAGGAGUAUCUCAGAGACUGACCUCAGUGACUUUGCAUCCAAAAUGAAAAACAGGCAGAUGGGCUCAUCCGGUGGGAUGAACAUGACCAAGAGCACAAGCAUCAGCGGCGACAUGUGUAACCUGGAGAAGACGGAUGGCAGUCAGUCAGACACAGCGGUUGGCACGGUAGGCACUGACGACAAGAAGAGGCGCUCCAGCAUUGGUGCCAAAAUGCAGGCCAUGGUUGGCAUGUCGCGCAAGAGCCGGAGCACCUCUCAACUCAGCCAAACAGAAGCAGGAGGUAAGAAGUUGCGCAGCACUAUCCAGAGGAGUACAGAGACAGGCCUGGCGGUGGAGAUGAGGAGUAGGAUGACUCGACAGGCCAGUCGGGAGUCCACAGACGGCAGCAUGAACAGCUACAGCUCCGAGGGAAAUCUCAUCUUCCCCGGUGUGAGGCUCUCCUCAGAUGCUCAGUUCAGUGACUUCUUGGAUGGCCUCGGCCCCGCCCAACUAGUUGGACGCCAGACUUUAGCAACUCCACCUAUGGGGGACAUCCAGAUUGGCAUGGUGGAGAAGAAGGGAGCCCUGGAGGUGGAGAUCAUCAGAGCCCGUGGCCUUGUGGGAAAACCAGGUUCCAAGGCACUGCCAGCACCAUAUGUAAAGGUCUACCUUUUGGAAAACGGAGCCUGCAUAGCCAAAAAGAAAACUAAAGUAGCAAGAAAAACCUUGGAUCCUCUUUACCAGCAGCAACUGCCGUUUGAGGAGAGUCCGGGAGGAAAGGUUUUACAGGUCAUUGUGUGGGGUGACUACGGACGUAUGGACCAUAAAUCUUUCAUGGGAGCAGUUCAGAUACUGUUAGACGAGCUGGACCUGUCCAACAUGGUGAUUGGCUGGUACAAGCUCUUUCCUCCGUCUUCACUGGUGGACCCAACUCUGGCCCCACUGACAAGAAGAGCUUCCCAAUCCUCACUGGACAGUUUCUCUCGAUCAUAGCAGCGUGUGGACUGAUAGCGUUGUUGUAGCAGCCAGUGUUGCGACUACAGGUCACAAGCCCCAGUUACACUGCAUGCUUGAUGUUGUGUCUUCUGAGCCUGUUUCUAGGGGUGCAAAUGUGGUCCUGUGUUUUGAGCAAAAACGUUGCGCACAUUGUGCACGUGGCAAAGAGUGUCGCAAGCGCCCGGCGGCAGGGUUUGCCUGGUGUUCUUAUUUGGAGGAGGCUGGAAUGAACUCCUUAGCACGAGGAAUCCAAUAGUUCCAGGUUUUCUUCCAUUUCGAAGCCAUGGGGGUCAACACUGGGAACCAAUAAACAAGUUCUCCAGAGACCCUUUUCGAAUGAAAAAAUCAAUGUAUUGCUUUGAUUUUUUUUCUUUUGUAUCGUUCUUUUGUUUUUUCUUUACAUGUCGAUGUACCUGUAUCUGCAGGGGGUGACAGUGUUUCUAGCCGGAUGCCUGGUCACGCCACGCCAACAGACCUAGCUUGUAAAUGUAGUUUUGGAAACCACUACUUUGGGUUGAGUGUUUCUACACUUCCCCAAAACUCAAAAGAAACGCUUUGCAUACUCUAGGUCCAUGUGCUGAUCAACCUGUGCUGGUAAAUCACCAGUUCAGCAGGGGCAAUAUUGAAGUGGCCACCAUCAACACUCCAGAAUAUACAGUAGCAAUCCCAACCCCACAGGAAGAUGUACAAUCUUCAUCAUUCUUCCUUUGUUGAUAUAGUGUAUGAAAAUUAAAUGAGAAAAAAACUUUUUCUUUUUGUUCAUUUGCAUGGGCACAAAUUUAGCUGGAUUUAAAAAAAAAGAAGAAAUUUAUUUUCUUGAGGCUGCAACUUGCAAAAAAAUAAAAAAAUAAAACAGAUCAGCCAUUUUCAACGAUUUAUAUUAUUUUUAAAAAUAAAUUUCACUAGUGCAUGGUUUUCAAGGGGAGUGAAUGCAACAUUGUGAUUAAAAAAAAAAACUAAACUAAACAUUGUUUAUCAUUCUUUAGACCAUUCAUAAGUCUGUAUUUUGCAGACAUGCUGAUAAGGGAAACUUAAAGGAAACUUAAAAGAAAAAAGUUUAUGUGACAAAAAUGAAAAUAAAUGUAAAUGAUUAAUUUUACUGUAAAAGGCUCCUGCCUUAUAAAGAAAAACAUUAUGUGCAAAUUGUACGUUUCUCUUUCUUCCUCGUCCCAGGGUACUUCUCAUCGUAGUAUUCAUUGCUACCAUCGAUCAGUCCCCUGAUAUUGUCCAGAUUUUAGGACUGUUGGUUACUUAACACUACUGGAUUGUUUUAUCAUCUAUUUUUCUUUUGAAUUUGAUUUGUUUUAACAAGCAUGUUGAAGAGGAUUUUCAGCAACAUGUCUUGGGCACACCUUACAGUAAUGUCUCAGCAUGUUUUGAUAAAGAUGAUAUUUGGAAUUUUUGCAGUUUCUUGUACAGUGCAUGUCAACUUUAUUACUUUUAUCCCUCACAUUAAAUUGAGCUGCAAAUUAGUUGUUGGUCUUCCACGGCCAGUUAUUGAGGUUUUAAAAAAAUAUAUAAAAUAAAAAAAUAAAAACAAAACAAAACAAAACAAAAAAAAAAACAACAUUCCACCCCCAAAGUCAUAUUUUCUUUCAGGUUUUUGAGGAAACAAACUAGAAAAAUAUUUUGUAUCUAAUGAAGGCUGGCGACAUAGUUGUGAUUGCAAGUGUAUUUUAUUUCAGUAUUGUUGACAAACAUGCAAAAAUAAUCUGUACUGGUACAGCAAAGAGGUCUUUACCUAAUCAAGAAGCAGCAAACAUGCAAGAGAUGUGUGUGUGGGUGUGUGGGUGUGUGUGUGGGUAAGGUGUGUGUAUGCAUGUGUGUUGCUAUGGUUGGAUUUUACAGGCACUGUUAGUGAAGAAAAGCAAAAUCACGAGUUUAAAUAAUAAGGGAUAUUGCCACAGAAAAAGUUUUUUCUCUUGUUUUAUUGAAAAUGAAAUUAAUUUACUAUAUUUUUGUUAGUUUCAUUUAAAAAGCCAAGACCAGUUUAUUUUUUAUUUUAUAUUUUUAGUAAUUAUAAGUACUUCUCAUGUUGGGGAAGUAUGUAAGUCUUACAGUUGCAGUAUGUCUGAAUGAAACUGAGCUGAGGCAUUAUUCCUUUUCCACGUGUGGACGAUGCAUUUUAAUGUCUAAGAAAAACCUGUUGCUGUAACAGAAUACAGUCUAUAUUUUCAUUUUCAUUCUCACUGUACAUACCUUUAGAUGUCAGAAUUUGAAUAAAUAAUCUACCAUGAACAGAUUCAUAGACUAUUUUGGAACAGGAAAAAUGCCUCGUGAUGACAAAGACAUAUGUUAUUUAUCCUUUUGAAUGCCUUUUCAUUUUCUCUUUUUGGUGCAAUGUGUUAAUGCCAAGGCUAUGUCUUGGUUAAGUAUGGUUGAGUACAGAGAUUUAUGUAAGUUAUUUUUCAAAUUAAAAAUAAAAAAAAAUUGAUAUUA